AUGGUUGCUUCUGCUGUCCGGAUGCGCGCUCCCAGCGCCAUGUUCCUCUCCAAAGGCGCCCUCUCCCUGAAGCGGCCGCAAACUGUUCACAGAUUCAAGGACAUCGCUCAAUCUCAAUUGCCUUCCCUGUCCGCCCUUUCCCGUUUUUAUGCCUCCAAGUCCUUCCCUCCCCACACUGUCAUCAGCAUGCCGGCCUUGUCGCCGACCAUGUCCGCCGGAAACAUUGGAGCUUGGCAGAAGAAGGCCGGUGAUUCCCUGCAGCCCGGUGAUGUCCUGGUAGAGAUCGAGACCGAUAAGGCCCAGAUGGACUUUGAGUUCCAGGAAGAGGGUGUUCUGGCCAAGGUUCUCAAGGAGACUGGCGAGAAGGACGUCUCUGUCGGUUCUCCUAUCGCUGUUUUGGUUGAGGAAGGUGUCGAUGUUGCCGCUUUCGAGGCUUUCAGCCUGGCGGAUGCCGGUGGUGAGAAGGCUGCUCCUGCUGCUGAGGAGAGCAAGCAGGAGUCCAAGGCCGCUGAGGCUGCCCCGGCCUCUGAGCCCGCCCCUGCUGCCGUGGAGCCUGAGACUUCCGGCGAGAAACUCCAGCCCAGUCUGGACCGUGAGCCUUCCAUCAGCCCUGCUGCCAAGGCCCUGGCUUUGGAGAAGGGUGUGCCGAUCAAGGCUCUCAAGGGUACCGGCCGUGGUGGCCAGAUCACUAAGGAGGACGUUGAGAAGUACAAGCCCAGUGCUUCUGCCGGCCCUACCUACGAGGAUAUCCCCCUGACCUCCAUGCGCAAGACCAUUGCUAGCCGCCUCCAGCAGUCCGUGCGCGAGAACCCUCACUUCUACGUCUCCACCACUUUGUCUGUGAGCAAGCUCCUCAAGCUUCGCCAGGCUCUGAACGCAUCCUCCGAGGGCAAGUACAAGCUUUCCGUCAAUGACUUCCUCGUCAAGGCCUGCGGUGCCGCCCUCAUGAAGGUCCCCACCGUCAACUCCAGCUGGCAUGAGGAGAACGGCCAGACCGUCAUCCGUCAGCACAAGACCGUCGACGUCAGUGUUGCCGUCUCUACCCCCAACGGCCUCAUCACCCCUAUCGUCAAGAGCGUUGAGGGCCGUGGUCUGUCCAGCAUCUCCAACCAGAUCAAGGACCUGGGCAAGCGCGCCCGCGACAACAAGCUCAAGCCCGAGGAGUACCAGGGUGGCACUUUCACCAUCAGCAACAUGGGUAUGAACCCUGCUGUUGAGCGCUUCGCUGCCGUCAUCAACCCCCCUCAGGCCGGUAUCCUGGCUGUUGGUACCAUCCGCAAGGUUGCCGUCCCCGUCGAGACUGAGGAGGGCACCUCCGUCGAGUGGGAUGACCAGAUCAUCGUCACUGGUAGCUUCGACCACCGUGUCGUCGAUGGUGUUGUCGGUGCUGAGUGGAUCAAGGAGCUGAAGAAGGUUGUUGAGAACCCCCUCGAGCUUCUUUUGUAA